GAAUUAAAUCCAAUCGAACAAUUCUGGUCCAUCAUAAAAGCUAAAGUAAGACGAACCAAGCUUAGUAAUAUAGAAACUCUUGCUUCUAGAAUAACUGAGGCUAGUGAAGCUGUACCAAUUGUUCACCUUGAAAACAUUAUUCAGCAUUUAGUAAAUCAAUUUGAAAGGUGUCAAAAUAAAAUGCCCUUAUAA